AUGACGGCCGAGGAGAAGAGUGUUGGUGGUGGACGCAAAAAGACCGUCAAGUCGGUCACCAAGUCGGCCAAGGCCGGCCUCCAGUUCCCUGUUGGUCGUAUCGGUAGAUACCUCAAAAACGGCAGAUACGCUAAGCGUGUUGGUGCUGGUGCUCCAGUGUACUUGGCCGCCGUUCUUGAAUACCUUUGCGCCGAGAUUCUGGAAUUGGCGGGUAACGCUGCUCGUGACAACAAGAAGUCCCGUAUCAUUCCCCGCCACAUCCAGCUCGCCAUCAGGAACGACGAGGAACUUUCUAAGUUCUUGGCUGGUAUUACCAUCGCCUCCGGUGGUGUGAUGCCAAAUGUCCAGGCUGUUCUCUUGCCCAAGAAGAAGGACGGUGAGGCCUCCCACUCUGGUAUGGAUGAAGAGCACCACGAUGACUGA